UAAUGUCGAUUGCUGGUUAUGUAAAAAUAGGGAGGUUGUUUUCUACGCGUUAAAGUUUCUCUAAGAAUUUUAGAACGUAAAUAAUAAUUACAAAAAGCGAGAUAUUGUCUAUCUGUAUCGAUAUACAUCAUGAUAGACCACGAUAAUAUCCUUUGGAUGAAAUGGGGUGCGCCCAUGUUCAAAGGACCUCCCACAGAUGUCUUUCUUCAUGUACGCAAUUUUCAAACUCAUAAAUGCGGGCCAUAUGAGCUGAUGUAUAUGGACUGCAUGGAGGCAUACGGUUAUCAUAGAGGCAAGGAAAAGUGUCGGUUGAUACUCGAGGAUUUGUAUGAAUGUGCAAUGGGUAUAAAAAGACAGCGUCGCCUGUUAGCUAUGAACAACGAGCGAAAGCGGCAGUUUAAAAACGGCGAAAGGGAAAAACUUUACGACGAAACUCCGCCCCUCGAUCUGUAUUAAAUCAUCCGCAGGAAAUAUGCAUAGUUUAUGUGUAAAUGUAUCAUAUUAAAAGGAUUAAUUUGAUAGAUGA